AAAUAUGGGUUAGCGAUUGUUGAUAGAUUGAUUGCUUUAUAUGGGAAAAAGAUCUGUAUAGGGUAUGACAUUGGGUGCGCUUUUGACGGUACAGUCGCCCGGAGCAGCCUGGCAUCGAAGGCCAAGGAGCAUGGCCUUCGCUUUGUGGCUGGUGCUUUCCACGGCCACGCACAUAACCGCGGAUGCCAGCUACGGUGGCACCCUACGUAUGUCGAGGGUACGGGAUGUUCAGACUUUGAGGGGUGUGAACAUGUAUUCUCGGCAUCCAAUGCUGUAGCAUCGGGCACACAACACGCCUCACGGUUCCAUCGCCAGCAAGCUAUUGACGAACAUCUCACGUUCUGGAACAUUGACAAAUAUGAGGCAUUGUCAACCUUUCUCACAAACCACUACCGUGAAGCGCUGCGGAUCAUCGAAACCCAUCCCCCUGAGAUCCGUCGGAUGCAGGAGAGCCUGGGCCUAUCGGAUAAUGACUGCCACGACUUCGUUCAACAAGAGCAAGAUUACCUGCAAAGUUUGAAGAAGGAGCUGCCUGAGGAAAGUCUCCGGUUCCAAUACAUGGAAGCUCUCAAAGAGGUGGAGAAGAAACAGCAUCUCAAGUACCUCACAACCACGCCUGCUCUCCCCAAUCUACACAAGUCCCUCAUGAGUGCAGGACGAUCGAUCUGUUCAGCAGAGACGAAGUUCGAAAAUGCAGAAACCACCGCUACACAGCUGAAAGCUGCCCUCCAGCUUCGGACACGCUGGACGCCCGAGAACACCGACUAUCAAGAGAUGAAAGACAAACUCCGGGAGCGGAAGUAUAGAAAGGUGCUUGAUGAGCUGGAGCGCCUAGUAGUCCAGCGCCUUUUUGAGCUUUCGAAGCUCAAUCUGUCAGGCACCGGUAAGCACAGAUUUUGCAUGCAGAUACUACAGUUAACAAUCUCUCGCAGGCUAUAA